AUUUUUCACAUUGAUCUGCAAAAUCUCUGGGCACAGGUGCUUUAUUUUUGAAAAUGAUAUUUGACAAGUCAAUCACUCCUGAAGAGGUAACCACUUCUCUCAUAAUUUUGGUGAUGUGUUUUUUUUGUGUGAGGCUGCUUGGGAGUAAGGGGAGAAAGCAGCCAUCACUUCCUGGUCCAUGGUCCCUCCCCAUCAUAGGAAAUCUUCUUCAACUUGGAGACCAUCCUUACCUUACAUUCACAGAGAUGAGGAAGAAAUAUGGAGAUGUUUUUCUCAUCAAGCUCGGCGUGGUGCCUGUCCUAGUGGUGAAUGGAAUGGAAAUGGUGAAGCAAGUACUGCUCAAGGAUGGAGAGCAUUUUGCAGGCAGACCUCAGAUACAUACGUUUUCUUUCCUGGCAGACGGAAAGAGUCUUACAUUUUCAGUCAAUUAUGGAGAGAGUUGGAAGCUUCAUAAGAAAAUAGCCUCUAAUGCUUUACGAACUUUUUCUAAAGCAGAAGCAAAAUCCUCUACCUGCUCUUGCUUACUCGAAGAACACAUCACUGAGGAAGUUUCUGAACUGGUAAAAGUCUUUGCAGAGUUGACUUCCAAGAAUGGUAGCUUUGAUCCUAGAAGUUCCAUCACAUGUGCAGUGGCCAACAUUGUCUGUGCCCUUUGCUUUGGCAAGAGAUAUGACCACAGUGAUGAGGAGUUUCUUAGGAUAGUUCAAACUAAUGAUGACAUACUCAAGGCUUCCAGUGUAGCUAAUCCUGCGGAUUUCAUACCAUGUUUUCGCUACCUUCCACUGCGAAUUAUAAAUGGUCCUCGAGUGUUUUACAAGGCCCUGAAUCAGUUUAUUGCACUACAUGUACAAGAUCAUCUUACUACAUAUGAUAAGGACCAUAUGCGAGACAUCACUGAUGCUCUGAUUAACACAUGCCACAACAAACAUGCCACUGCCAAAACUGCCACCUUGAAUGACGAUGAAAUCAUAAGCACCGUGAGUGACAUCUUUGGAGCUGGGUUUGAAACUGUAUCAACAUGUCUGUAUUGGAGCUUUCUUUAUUUGAUACACUAUCCAGAAAUUCAAGCCAAAAUUCAAGAAGAAAUUGAUGAAAGCAUAGGGAUGAAAUCACCCAGAUUUGAAGACUCGAAAAUUUUGCCCUACACAGAAGCUUUUAUAAAUGAAAUAUUCAGACAUGCCUCCUUUAUUCCUUUUACUAUUCCACAUUGUACCACAGCAGACAUUACUCUGAAUGGCUAUUUCAUUCCCAAGAAUACGUGCACCUUUAUCAACAUGCAUCAAAUAAAUCAUGAUGAAACUAUCUGGCAUAAUCCCAGUUUAUUUAAUCCUGAGAGAUUCCUAAAUGAAAACAGGGAACUGAAUAAAAGUCUUGUCGACAAGGUUAUGAUAUUUGGAAUGGGAAUCCGGAAGUGUCUUGGAGAAGAUGUUGCACGGAAGGAGGUCUUCAUUUUCAUCGUCACAGUUCUGCAGCAGCUCAAGCUGAGCAAAUGCCCUGGGGCCGAGCUGGACCUGACGCCCAUGUAUGGUUUAGCCAUGAAGCCCAAACCCUACCAGCUCCGAGCAGAGCUCCGCACCACUGGUAGUACUUAG